AUGAGCCACUAUGUCAGCGGAAGGCAGUUCAUCUUCGAGGAGAGGCCUCGCUGGAUAUUUCUGGGCCUGUUGGUGGUCAUGCUGAUCGGAAUGCUGAUUGGCAUUCUGCUCGGACUAAUCAUCAGCCUCGCCGGGAUCUACCUUUUCGAGGCCGCGCUCGUCGGAUUGGCGAUCUUCAUUCUUUACGAUGCCUAUGAUCUGACCUUCCUGAAGAAAUCCGGAGCCGCGGACAAGACAGGCUUCGCUCUGAUGGUGAUGCUGUGCACGGCGCUGCUCAUCAUAUUCAUGGCCGCCAUCCGCUAUUCGGCCAUUGCGCUUGGCCUGUGGAAGCGCUGCCUCAUUUUUAGUCUAGUGGGGAUUGCUCUGGCUUUGAUCGCCUACGUGUACGCUCGCCUCUGCUGCCAGGAGGACGAAAGGAAGCACCACUUGGGACCUUGCAGCCCAGAAGGAGAUGAGCUGGAAAGCGUGGAAUUCCCCGGUGAAAAAAUCGGUUAUUGGGAAAGCUGGUCUCGGUUCCUGAGCUGGAUCCUUAGCGGCCAAUGGUGGUACGACAUCAACGAUUGGUCUAUUCCGGCAGAUGAGGAUUGCUGCUCCAGGGACAAGGUGGUGGUGCACAAUCGCUCUUUGAAGCUGAUCAAGGUCUGCCUGUACUCUUCCCGUGACGUGGUUUGCUGGGUGCCAGUGGGCGGCAUCGCUGGGAGCUGUGUGGGCUUCAUCCGUGCAGGCGAGAAGCGGGCCUUCACGCUCCCCAGGCCCUGGCGCCAAAAGGCCGAGAGCAACGACCAGUUCCGGCUAAAGGUUUUUAUGCCCGGUCUGCUCGACAAGGAGCUUGCCUAUUAUCCUGUGGCAAAGCGAGGUCAGUAUUUCGCGUUCGUGGACGUUGAGGGUGUCGUGCGGCGGAGCCGCUUCCUGUCCUCGUCGCUGGCGCCCUUCGCCCUGCCUCCACUGCCUUCAAACACCGAAAGCUCUGAAGAGGAGUUGGGAAAGACCGGUGUUGGGGAUUCGAAAUUCGAAUCCCUGACGGGGCUGAUGCGGAAGCGCAGCAACUCACUGCAGCUCUUGAGCCAGAGUCCGGGUCCGGAUGAGGUUGCCGGGAGCUCGCGAAAAGCGGCGCCGGACGAGAUCGUUAUCCGGAAUCGCAGCAGUCACGAUGUUCGAGCGAUGCUGUGGCCCAGCUUGAUGAAGAGCUGUGUGUAUUCCGUGGGACCCGCAGCCAAGGAGCUCACGUACCUCACCGUCUCCCGCCCGGGCCCCCGGCGCGCCGCUAGAUGUCGUGACACUACCGACUACCGAAGCCUUGCCAGCGAUGCCGGGGAGGCGAAGGCUUUCUACGCUCAGGUCCAGGAACUUCAGGUUCAGCCGGGAGCCAUGGCAAGCGACGGCGCAGUCUUGCCCAAGAUGGGCAGGCAGAUCCACGUGCGAGACGGCACAGCAAAGGCUGUCAGCGUGGGCAUUUUGAUCAGCAACACCUUUUGGCCCGUCAUCCGGCAGUGCUUGGCACAGCAUCCUGGUGACUCCAAGCUUGUCGAGAAGAGUUGUCGGCUGCUGAAGCACUCCAUGCGCUGCGUGCCCGACCUCUUCAAGCCCAAUGUUCCAGACGUGGCGCGUACACUUGUCACGGCCUUCCAGCAGCACCAGCACUCCUCGUACCUAUACUCGGCGGAAAUCUUGGCGAACACCUAUGCCAGCGACCCCGAGAUUGUCCCGGUGCUCACCGAGCUCUUUAAUCAGCUCAGCGGCAUUGGGCUUCAGUGCCUUAUAGCUUCAGAGAGCAAGCUGGAGGAGAUAACAGAGCUCGUCGAGGACUUCUUUGGCAUGUUUGAGCGGUACUUGCGCUUUGCGCCUACAAUUGUUAUAAAUGCCCCGACGCUUCUGCCGACUCUCCGAUUGUGGAGUGUCGUGAUCUUUGUGCAGCAGAAGGAAGCCGUCGAGGCCGUCAUCGCUUUCAUCGAGUCUGUAUUCUCGCACAUUGCAGAGACCAAGAAAGUCGGCAGGCGCUUCGUAGAUGAGCAGAAGGCCUCCAUCGGCCAGAUGCUUCAGCCCCAUGCCAUGCAGGUGGCACCAGGUUUCGUCGAAGCCGUGUUCAAGCUCAUCGCUGUGGUUCCCACAAAGUACGUGCAAGACUGCAUCCCCUCUAUCCUGGAGGGCGUCCGAUCUGCGUUUCCCCAGGAGUUCGCCAAUUGGCUGGAAGCCGGUCUCGGUCACCUGCCCCCGUCCGUUGGCUCCAAGGCCGAGCUUCAAAAGUUCGGAGAGCAGAUUUUGCGCGGCGACGACGCACAGGUUUACGAAGCGAUCCAGGAGAGGGGGUUUUGA